CAAUCGGCCCGGGGGUUGGAAUUAACCCAGACCAAAUCCAACAAUAAAUUGUCUUCUUCACACAACUCGUCUGAAAUUUAAGAACAGUUUGGUGUCGCAGUUGCAUUCUGCAGUGUGAAGAGACUGAUCUGAGCGCAAAGAGUCCAGGACACCACACUGUAUUUCUGACUUCCUGCGUGUAGCGUGUUGGCAAAGCGUUUACCAUGGCACUAGACGGAUGUGGCCAGCUGUGCAAGUGUUUCCUCAUCAUGUUCAACAUCAUUUUUGCCCUGGUGGGUAUGGCGAUGUUCGGGUUGGGCUUGUGGCUGAGGUUCAGCUCUGAGACCAGAGGAUUUUUCAACAUAGACCUCAACACACAACAGUUUGUCAUCGGUGUGUCAGUGUUGAUUGCGUUAGGAGCAGUGAUAUUGCUCGUGGCUGCUUUCGGAGACUAUGGAGCAUGCAAUGAGAAUGUGAAUGGAUUGGCAGUGUUUUCCUCUCUGCUGGCUAUCCUGGCUGGAGUAGAGAUUGCAGCCGGUGUGGUCGCCUACAUGAGAAGCGAUGAGGUGGGAGAGCAGCUGGCAAAAUUCUAUAUGACUGUGUAUGCUCAGUAUGUGGACAAAGGAGACCCUGGCUUGGCUGUUACCCUGUCCAUGUUCCACAAAGUGUUGCACUGCUGUGGACUCAUUGGUGCCUUGGACCUCUUGGUAAAAGAAACAUGUCCCAAAACUGGCAUUUGGGAAACCUUAACUCUCCCUGCCUGCCCCACAGUGAUCCACAACCUCUUUGAGUCCAAAGCGCCUCUGGUGAUGGGCCUCUUCCUUGGGACUGCUGCUAUGCUGAUCACAGCCCUGGUGUGCUGCAGCAUCCUCAUGAAACAGAUCAAGAAGAGGCACCUCUCUGACCCCGUGUACUGAGGGGACAGGACCACCACGUUCAAACAUUUCUCCACUAUGAGACCAAACCAGAUGGUUGUCAUUCAGUGACCAUCAUCCCAUCCUGUCAUGUAAUACUUCUGGAGAGUUGCCCAAUAAAAAUAAAUGGUCCUAAUUAGCUUUCAUUAUUUGCGUAGCUGGACAGGGCUCUCGAUCAUCUGGACAUGCUUUAGAUGACAUGAACAGGGCAAGACACUGUUGCUCUGUAGCAGCUGUUUGUUCUGCCCGUCUUCCCACUGUAGUCCUUAAUCUUUUUUUUUAUACCUUCAAUCACUUACCGACUGUAUAUAGCUGCGCUUGCUGACAUGAAAGGGACCAUUUUAUUAAGUCAUACGGAGCAUUAAAUGAAGGCACUGCUGUAAUCAGACAAGUGAAGCACUGUCCAACAUUACCUUUCCCUGUAAUCACAUCAGUUUAGAAACAUGUUUGUUGCAAUGUACUGCUGACAAUUAGUAUCUUAACAUGGUGUUAGGAUUGAACUGGAUUAAUUCAUAUUUGGUUCUCUAUGCCAAAUAAAGUACAUUAUUAAUAUCUAA